AUGUCGACUCAAGUCUCUACUCGGCAUACUAUUCAAAGGAACAACACAAUGGGACCUUCUACCGCUAUACAAGAUUGGGAAUUGGAACGGGUCAUGACAUUGAGCCAACUUGCACAUUAUCAAGAGCGGGUUGAAUUGCUUGAAAAGAAGGCAGAAGGUGACAAGAAGAUGUACGAUAAGCAUCGAUUAAGCUUGUUGCGAGAGGUCAAACUCAAGGAUAGCUUGGCUGAGAAAAGAAUCCGAGACAUGGAACAGGAGUUCCUGGAGCAGAUCCAUUGCAUGCAGCUGGUGCUCGAACAAGAGAAGAAGGAACAUGAGGACCACGUCAAAGAUCUACGCGACCAUUACGAGUUGCUGUUGCAGACUGAACAAAAGAAGCAUGAACGACGUAUAUCAGGAUUCCAGCAACGGUUGAAUGCCAAGACCUCUGAAUACGCACAACUUGUUGAGAGCAAUAUCCGUUUCCAGGCAUGUUCACCACCACCACCAACACAUCAUCAACACCUUGCAUACCCGCCAUCACCCACAUCACUUGACAGCGCAUCAUCACAAGGCGAUAGUGAAGAAGAAUCAACGAUCCGGCUACUGCAAGAACGCCUUAUCAGCUUGCAAACUGUGCAUGAGCAGGAAAAACGGGAAUGGCAAGCACAACUUGAUGCACAACAGUGUGAGCUGCAGCAAUUGCGUGACCAACUCAAGCAGCUAAAAGAUACCAAUCAACAACCACAACCAUCACAACCACCAUCAUCAUCACCCAAUGAGUACUACUUGAAGGGUGCUCAACAAGUGUAUGAGAAGCGAUUACAAUCCAUGGAACAAAAGUACGAGCAAAAGACACGUCAAAUCAAGGAAAGCUAUCGUGGUGACUUGGCAGCCAUGAAGGAUCGUUUCUUGUUUGAAUCUCAACAAGUGGCUAUGCAACAUGAGGCACGAGUACAAAACCUUGUUUCUGAACACCAGCACAUGAUCCAAGAAAUGAAGGAUGAGCAUGAGAACGAGGUUGAAGUCCUACGUAUCGAGCACCAGGCUGCUUUGGCCGAGCGAGAAAGAGAGCAUGAGGAAGAUUUGGAACGCGCUAUCACAUCAUGUGAGCAACAAUGGCAACAAAAAGUGAAUGAUUUGGAAGCAUCCAUGUCCAAGGACCAGUUAGCUAUCCGCAAACAUUGGGAGACUCGUGUUGAAAAAGCAGCAUCGGCACGACAAGCUGAGCAUGUGAGAUUACAAGGCGAACUUCAAGUGGUGAAGGAUCGUCUUGGAAGAGAAAUCGAGCGACGACGUGGUAUCCAGGCAACAUUGGAUAAAGCCGUUGAGGAGCACAAGCAUACUCGAAAGCGUGUCGGCAUUGCUACCGAAGAAUGCCGCAAGCUUCAACGACAACAAACACAAGCACACAAACUUGCAGGCGACUUGGUCCUUAUCACAGAUGAUGCCGUAGAUGUCCAACGUACAUCCCUGGUAGAUCUUUUGCACAAGGCGGUCUCCAAUGUUUCAAACAUACAUGCACGUCAAUGCAUCUUGGAACAGAAUGCUGAAGCCUCUUCUAGCAGCUUUUUGGGUCUAUCCUUUGCAUCAUUCUUUUAA